CGUGGUAAAGAAAACAAGAAGAAACACAGACGCGUUUAAGCAACGCGUACUAUUUACAUGCGCGCAAACACAAACCGAGAACUCCUCAUCAAACUCCUGUGGAGGUGCACUAUAUAAGCCCAAAGCAAAUGCCCGACAACCGGAAGAUAAAAGGUCUUUAAGCCUUGGAAGCGCAAGCUACACAAAAUCUCAAACCGAUAUCUGCAUACUAGCAUUAAGAACUUAGGGUGAAGAAAUAUGGGAGGUGGGAAUGACAAGCAUGAUGAUUCUACUGAUAAAGGGUUGUUUUCACAUCUAGCCGGAUAUGCUGCUGGCCACUUACCACCCCAAGGAUCAUAUCCUCCACAUGGUUAUCCUCCUCAGGGCUAUCCACCUGCUGGAUAUCCUCAUCAUGGCGGAUAUCCACCACCAGGUUAUCCCCCCCAAGGGGGGUACCCACCUGCAGGCUAUCCUCCCCAGGGGGGGUACCCACCUGCAGGUUAUCCUCCAGCUGGUUAUCCUCCAGCUGGUUAUCCUCCAGCUGGUUAUCCCGGUCCAUCAGCUCCACAUCAUUCAGGGCAUGGAUCGCAUGGACCUGGUAUGGGGGCAAUGUUAGCUGGGGGUGCAGCUGCUGCGGCUGCUGCUUACGGGGCUCACCAUCUGUCUCAUGGACGUGGACACCAUGGGUAUGGCCUUGGUCAUGGAAAGUUUAAGCAUGGGAAAUUUAAGCAUGGGAAGUUUGGGAAACAUGGAAUGUUUGGAAAGCACAAGGGCAAAUUCUUUAAGAAAUGGAAAUGAUUAUUGCCUAUUUGACUCCCAUAACUCUGUUUGAUAGUGUAAUUGCUCCUUAACAUUUGCACCAGCUUUCCUUGUGUACUGUUGUUGUUUUUUUUUUUUGGUUUUCCCCUAUGCUACUUAAAUAAGUAAGAGGAGUGACCUUUCAGAAGAUCAUAUGUGCAAGUGAGAUGUGAAUAAUAUUUGAUACUUGUUGGAAUAUUGUGCUACUCAUGGGCCCAAAUCUACAUGAUCAUUUUAGGCCCAUUUAGAUCUA